AUGAACAUCUUCCUGACGAACAGGAAACUUCGGAGCAGCGCCGAAGCGAAAAUCUAUGUGUUGACUAGGUAUGCCGGUUUGGCUGGACAAAUGUUUAACAUCUGGUUUGCGUUUAGGAUGGCUUCAGGGGUUCCAAACAGUACGCUCGCUUGCCAAGCAUGGUACACGUACCAGACUGCCACGAUCCAGUGUUUGCUAUUCGCAGUGGAGACAUUGCUCAUGGUGCGGGUGUACAAAAUGUACAAAAAGGGCAAAGCUAUCCGCGCCCUCUUGAUCAUGUUCAGUAGCGCGCAGGCUGUCGCCAUGGCUGUCAAUGCUCAAACCAUUGUAACUGGCACUCAUUACACUCCCACUUGCAUCACCAUCACUCCUCAUCGCAAUCGGAUCUAUGUCGGUGUCUCGAUUAUUGCGACCUUUAUGUUUAUCUCUUUUACGAUGCUAUGGCGGUACUUCAGAGACACGACUAGCUGGUCGGAAGCUCCACGUGCUUGGCGCAACCUUGCGGUCCGCGACGGUAGUAUCACGACUGUUGUGAUCACAGCGAUCUUCAUCUUCAUGUUUCUCUGCACCAUGGGUAUCAUCGACAUACAAAUGAGUAGGAAUUUCUUCUUUUACGUACUGCUGUCCUGCCUUUGGUUUGCUGCUGGACGCAUAGUUCUUCACCAAGAGAAAUUCCGCGAAAACUACGAGUCCCAGAAGGGUAGCGCUCAUGAUUCAAGUCGGUUGACUACGAUCGAGGUAGACCUUGAUGACUUUGCACCCUCUGAUGCCAUCGAUGGAUGUCCUGAGAGUGCUUCCGACUUCAGGGUCGACUCGACGGAAGUCCCUAACUUGUCCGGCUCUGAGUUAGAUGUAGGAACGAAGGAUAUCACUGACGAACGCAUUUGCGAGUUGGAUGACGAUGACGACGACGACGAUGAUGUGUCGCUGUCGAGCUGCACACCCACAUUCAUACUCAUGGAAACAAGAAUCAGUGCUGAGGAUUCGGGUUCUGGGACGUAAAGUACAUCCAUUCGUUUUAUGACACGAUCACGAGUUCCGUAGUACAUACUUCAUCAUCUAUAUCACUAAUACAUAAGUAGUUACACCUUUGAACUGAGAAGUCUAGAAUAGUUACCAGAGUUUCUUGGAAUGCGGCCUGCAAUGUGCAUGAGGCAUGAUUCUUA